AUGGCGCAAGCUCGGCAUCCACAGCAGCAGCCACCCCCGCCGCAAUUUUCCUCGCAACCUUUCUCCCCGCCCGUCUCAUCUCCAUCUCCAAAUUCAGUAGCAUCUCCUGUGAACGGAGGCGCUAUACCUCCUCCAUCCAAACGACCUCGCCUUUCCCCUCUGCCACCUUCUCAAACUCAGUCUCCAUACGGUUCCCCAAGCUUCAAUGCGGUACAACUGCCACAAAACCCGUCCCCAAUGAACGGAGCACCGAUGAAUAUGAGCAUGAAUAUGAACAUGUCUGCAACGCCUGCUCCAGCCCCUCCUGGAACUAUGGGACCUCCUUCUCGUCCAGUGGACAAAACAACAGAUGCUGCUGAGCUGACGGAUGUCCUGGCAUCAUCUGGAAUUGAUGUGAGGGAAGAGGAAGCAUUCCUCACACAGAGUUUUUCAGGGCAGACUGCGCAGGCGCAACCACCCCAGAGAGGACCACAGACUCAAUAUCCGCCACCUAUCAACACCUCCUUUACAUCUCAAGGCUCUACUCCGGGAACUCCGUCAGCUUCGACCAGCUUUGGUGAUUUGCCUCAGAUCAAACCCGCGAUCACGCACGAAUCAUUCACCGAUCAGUCCUCUCAGGCAUAUGUUCCCUUUAAAGACCCCAAUGAGCCAACUCGCGAGGACACUAUCGCAGCAAGGCGGGCACAGUAUCAUAUUCAGGAACCAUUUUUGAUCACGAAACUCCUAGAGCAGAAGCUCCAAAAGCGAGGCUUUGACCUCGGUGUUCGAAUUCCUUCCGAGGGCCUCUUUCAUCCCGUGCCUGGCCGCCCACAGCCAAUCGAAGUUACUGGUCCUGAUGGUUCUUCCGUGGUGCGUACUGGUCAGACUAUUCUCAACCAGGAAGGUGCUCCUCUCGUAGACAUACUGAAUCUUCUGUCGAUAUCCACCGAAGAAAGAUUUAGGGGCAUCAUAGACUAUGCCUCAACUCUUGCUCGAAGUCGCCGGGCCCAUUCUCAUGGAGUAGUACCCAGUGAGUGGAAAGAUGUUGCAAAACCUCUUGGACAGGUUACGGGUAAUACUCAAACCCCUGUGAAACGCUCACAUGCUGCCAUUGAAUCCCUUAGCACGAAAUCAAAUGGGGCAAGAUAUCGAACAUUUAUCCACCGAGAGAAUACGCAAGAAGAAAAGCGUGCAGCCAAGCGUGCCAAACGUAACAGCAAUGCUAUUCUUGACGAAGCUGGUCGAGCUGAGUCCGUCGAUCCCACUGGAUCUGCGCCUUCGACCCCCAUUGGUGAUCGGGCACCUAUUCUUGAUAAAAAGUCAAUGACCAAGAAAGAAGCGAAGAAAAUGCAAGAUUCCAAGGCAACCGAAGCCCAACAACAUGCGCAGUCGGUGGAGACAGCCCGUAUGGCUUUGUCUGGCGGUGGCCGCAGCAUGUUUGGUGCCAAAAAGUCAUACUCCUGGUUGAAGCCUGGAGGUAAGGCCAGUGGAUUCUCGUCUCCUUCACGUCCGACUCCUUCCACCCCCACAGCCGGUCCCGAAAAGGCCAGUGCUGGCGAACCGACACCCAGGCAGAGUCAACGUCGCCUUGGAAUAUGGCGCGAAGACCAAGAGAAAGGGGCCGGUAUCCAGGUUAGGGAUAUCUUGUUCAUGCUAGAGGCCGAUGGACGAGCGACCAGGCAUGUGCAGCGGGGCUACCUGAAGGAUCCCAAAGAGGAUCGGGAUCGUGGAAAUUGA